AUGGAUAAGCAAGCUGAAGAGCAGAACGUUAAGUUAGAACAAAAAUUGGAAAAUCUGAAAUCCAAGAUGAGAACUGGGAGUCCUACAGGAAAUUCUAGAGUUCGACUUGAUGAUAUUGAAAGUCGAAAUUUUACAUUGGAGGAAGAGGUCAAAGAUCUAAGAAUUCAAUUAAGUGGAAAAAAAAACGAGCUUGAGAAGGCUGUGGAAUUAGCAAACAAACGUACAGCUGAUCUCGAAAAGGCAAAGGCCGAAUAUGACGAGAAGAUGAAAAGAAUGAGAGGUGUAUUUAAUGCUGCAAACAAAAAUUUGAAUGAAUUAAGGCAAACAGUGGCUUUAAAAGACUUAGAAAUAGAAGAGUUGAAAGCAGCUAUGAAAAAUUUAAAGGAAGAUGACGAAAAAUCCAAAUCCUCGAUGGAUCAAAACCAAAAAUCGUUGGAGAAACUUACCACUGAAUUACAUAGUCAAGCGGCUACAUAUAAUACACAGAUAGAACAAUUGGAAUCCAAACUCCGACAAACGACGCAACAAAAUGUUCAACUUAAGUCAGAAUUCCAACAAUAUAAGGCAAGAGCGCAUGCUUUGCUUCAACAAAGGAAUUCUGGUUCUAAAAAUGUAGAAUCUGGCACUGACGUAUCGGAAUUACUUGCCACUACUAAAAAAUUAGAAUCGGAUUUAAGUCUGAAAAUAACAGAGUUAAAGUAUGCACAAGAUAAAAUUAUGGUGCACGAAAAAGAUCUCAAACAUUCGUUCGAUUUAAAUGGAAAACUUGAAAAAGAACUCGAGGAAAUGCAUAAGUCAGCGAAAGUGAAUGCCGAAGAAAUGCGUGCAACCCAAGAGCAAUGUCAAAAUCUUUUAGAAGAGAACGAGGGCUUGCGAAAAGCUCUUCAUGAAGCUGAAGCACGAUAUACAGCUAGUGUUAAUGAUUUUAAUGAAAGACUAUUGGUAUCAACCGAAACUAUUCAAAAGAAGCUCAAGCAAAAACAAGAAGAAAAUGAACAAUUACAAUCGAUAUCGGAGGCAAGCCAAUUGACGCAGUUGAGAUCAGAGUUAUCACAACGUUCCGAACAAAUAGAAGAGUUACAGAAACAACUUUCUAUCGCAUCUGCUGGAAAAGCUCAAUCUAUUAGCAAUAGUCCCGCUCUACGAGAUGAUAGCCGAUCUGCAUCGCCUUCAUCUGUGACGCAUAGGAAUUCGACGCACAAUUCAUUAUCGGAUCUGUUGGCUGAUACCGAAGAACGCACCUCAAUAGUAUCAUCAUCGACUUUGACUCUAUCUGACAAAGAACAAGACCAUGUUUUGCAGUUGCAACAUAUGGCGGAAAUGUUGAAUGAGAGUGAAGCUCAUGUUCAAAGAUUGAUUGAGCAAGAGAAGAUAUUAAAAGAAGAAAUUCGUAAGCUAGAUCGAUUAGAGAAACGUCAAAAUAUAAAUGUAGAAUAUUUGAAAAAUGUGGUUCUGAAAUUCUUCGAAACUGAUCCUUCUGAUCGUGAACCAUUGGUUCCUGUGAUAUCAACAAUACUCCAACUGAGCCCAGAGGAAAUACAAAGUAUAAGAGAGAAUGCCCUAAACGCUACAGAUAACGGUCAAGUGGUUAUAGGUUAUGGUGUUUUAUGA